AUAGAAUUGUCCGAGUAUUCCAGAAUGCUCUGCUCGAUUAUCAAUCGAAAAAGGAAAAACAAAAUUUUUUAAAAUAAAACAGCAUACACUUUUCAGUUCAAGUUUUUCAAAAUCAAAUAUUCGAAUUGCUGCACUUCGUCAAAAUCCCCAAAUCAAACCCUCCUAAAACCCUAAUUUCGAAUCCUCUCUAUUCUAAUGGCUACUUCUGACGAUCGUUGGACCUUCGUCUAUCAAGCCAAGCUCGCCGAACAAGCCGAGCGUUACGAUGAAAUGGUUGAAUCGAUGAAAAACUUAGCGAACUUUAAUGUCGAUUUAACAGUAGAAGAGCGUAACCUCCUCUCUGUUGGAUACAAAAACGUCGUUGGUGCACGAAGAGCUUCAUGGAGAAUCCUCUCUUCAAUUGAACAAAAAGAGGAAUCAAAAGGAAAUGAAGUGAAUGUUAAACGAAUUCGAGACUAUCGCCAUAAAGUUGAAACAGAGCUUACUGAUAUUUGCAACGAUGUUAUGAGGGUUAUUGAUGAUCAUCUUAUUCCUUUCUCAUCUAGCAGUGAAUCAACUGUUUUUUACUAUAAGAUGAAAGGUGAUUAUUAUCGCUAUUUAGCGGAGUUUAAGAGUGGUGAUGAGAAGAAAGAAGCUGCUGAUCAAUCUCUCAAAGCUUAUGAGGCAGGGACUGCUACAGCAGAGGCUGAUUUGCCACCUACCCACCCAAUACGCUUGGGCUUGGCACUGAAUUUCUCCGUUUUUUAUUAUGAAAUUAUGAAUUCUCCUGAAAGGGCAUGUUUUCUGGCAAAACAAGCUUUUGAUGAGGCUAUCUCAGAGUUGGAUAGUCUUGGUGAAGAUUCUUAUAAAGACAGCACUUUGAUCAUGCAACUUUUGAGGGAUAACCUUACCUUAUGGACUACUGACAUUCAAGAAGAUGGAGAUGCAUCCCAGAAGGCGGACAGUUCUUUCAAAGGCAUUUCGUGUGAACGCGAGUGAACCUGGCUGCAACGAGACCUAUGAAGUAUUUUACUAACCUUUCUUGUGUUUUAGAUAAGAAGCGUUUAUGAAAGCUGCCUAGAAUUCAUAGUUUAAAUUUAAGUGUGUAUGUGUUGAUUGAUGUUUAGAUAGUGUUGCUUGCCCUUUCAUGGUUAGAUCAAAGUAAUUGGCAAGGGAUGAAUUGAAAACA